CACCUCUUGAAAGCACAUAUCCGGUAUUUCAAACUCUGCUGGUGGCCAGAGAUACAGGUACGCAGACGCAGAUGGAUACGCAAACAGCGGAGCUGUUACACGGGUCCAGUUCGGGCUCGGGGCAAACAUUACAGCAGCAACAGCAAUAUCAACAGCCACAAGCUACGAGAUCAAGAAGCACAAGUGAGUCUCAGAGGGCAACCCGUGCAGAGAAAAGGAUGGGCCGCUUGUUUAGACAGCAAAGCUCUUCUGCAGUGAAUUCCCACUCAAAGCAGUUGUCAGAUCAAGGUCUCAAUCAUCAUCACGCCCCUCAUCUUCAUUAUCCACAAGCACAAAAUCAUCCCGAGGCCCUUUCAAACUCUCACAGUAUCAGUAGCGUUACUUCCAGCAUAAACAAUAGCUGUAAUAUCAACAAUACUACCAGCAGCACAGCUACUACCAAUAUAGUAACAGGGCAUGCAAAUGCAAAUGCAAAUGCGAGCACAAUCUCAAACACAGCUGUAAACGGAACAUUAAACGGUGCAGGUCAUCCGAGUUUAGCUGGAUCUACAACAACAUCAGUGGCCGCUCAAGAUGACUUUAUUGGCCCUCAUGAUGGGCAGCAAGAUGUAAACUUUGCACAUUCGAAUUCAUCCUCCAUAUCUUCUCAGGUCGGAUCCUCAACCUCCUCAUCUACCACACCAUCAAUUUCGUCAAACCAAACUACAAGAAAGUUUGGCUUUCCUUUGACUGGUGUUGGUGCAAUUUCAUCACCAGAAAUAGUGUCGCCGAACAUGUACUCCAAUAUGUCCGUUUCCACAAUUGUCACAAAUCCAGACUCGAUGGUUUCUCAGGAUGAAAGCAUGAAAUUGAAACACCGUGAGAAUUCCUCGAAGCUGUCGCCAUUACCUGAAAAAGUUGACAUCAGCUUGGAUACUCUGUUAUCAAUGUCCAAAAAGUUUGUUUAUUUUCACCGUCGAUUUUUGUCUACCUUAGAAUCACUUAACAUAAAUAUAAGCUUGUCCAAAACUAAUUUCAAUGUUUACUUGGCUGUGCUUGACAACGUUGAAAGAAAGUUUGUGCAAAAAGGUCAUGAGCAGAUAACAGAAAGUAUGAAAGCUCAUUUGAAGGCUUCAUUGGUCAAUUCGAUGAAAGAUCUGAGAAAAUAUAUUGAAAAUUUAAAACUUUAUUUCAAAUCGAGCAAUUUAGAUGUUACUAUUUCUUCUCUGCGCAUGAGUUACUUUACUCUUUUCUCAUUAUUCAUAGAGUUAGCCAACAUAUGCAAAAUUAUAGCCCCGUUCUCAAGUAGAAAUAAUCAUUUUUCACAGAAUAAUCAGUCAGUUAAUGUCAACAAUAGUUCUAGUUCAAUCAGACUCAAUAAUUCUUCAAUUUCCAAAAAUAAGCCGCCUUUCAUUAUUAACAGGGUUCCUGCUCCAAACCCUCAAAGUUCUUCUCAAGUAGCCUCAAGCAGACAAGCCUCGCUAUCGAGGCAACAUUCUAAACUGGAUCGACAAGAUUCAGAUCUAAGCAUAUCAAGUUCACAAGCGGCAGAAACUUCAAACAGCUCUGUAAUGGAAGAUGAGAAGUUGUUUGAUUUAAUUACCCACACUGUUCAGGCUGCACAUGUUGUUUAUAGUCAGAUGAAUGAAGCAAUUGCUAAGAGUGCUAUAAUGAUAGCUGAAAAUAGGAAUUCAGAGACAGAGGACCAAAUCAAUGAAAAUGAACACGAGCAAACUGUUGGUGUUAAUAAUAUUGCAAUGAAAGUGAAAGAGUUGACCAAUCAGUGUCUAGCCUCGAUGGAGCAAACUAAAAACGUUGAAAAUUGUCUCACUAUAGUCAAGAAUCCAAAUUUUAACUCAUCUUCCGAUACAGAUGUACAUAGAAACAUUUACGAACAAACAAAUCUUUUUCUCAAGUCCAUUAUCAGCAUAUUGGCUGCAACAAAAGGUGCUAUCGAGGAUAUACCGGCUUUGAAUGAGGUAAGGUCUUCAUUGUCUAUACUCACAAGAGCAACAAAGGAGUUGACCAUCAAACUUGAAUCGAGCUCACUAAAACAAUCCGUUUUGAACAAUACCCCAUCAACUACCUCUUUAGUCGACCAGCCUAACUUGUCUUCGAUCCCAUCUAUGGGAAAUCUUACAUUUGAUCAACAACAACAACAACAAUCAAUUUUGCAGGGAAUGCAAUCACCGGUUCUUCAGCAACAGAUGGAAUCGAAUUCAAUCAGGCGAAUAAACAAGCUAAGGCAAAUUCCCGAGCAUAACGAAAAUAUAAUAGGCACGAUGAAACAACAUAUAAUGAAUUUAGAGCUAAGUGCUGGUGAAAUGUUCAAUCAGCCCCCUUUAGGAGUGACAACUCCUCUCAUAGCCUCAAUUGGACCAGCAGUUGCAAACGCAGUGCUGCCUAUAAAAUCACCACUGAAAACAACAUCGACAGUGAACCUAAACUCUUCUUUCAUAUCUAACAAUUCUACGAUUGAUGGGACUUUGAAUGGGGGGAAUAUCUCAAAUGGUGCUACGACACCAUUAUAUUUUGGAGAUGGGAACAUGCAGGCUGAAUAUAACCCCUUUGACAGGCUUGUCCCCAAGGGCCAACAAAAUUAGUUAGUGUAUAAUUACUACCAUGUAACAUAAAAUAAAAAUGUUUUUUUUAUCAGAGAUCCUUAAAACUCCG